GGCGUCAGCCCUACAAGACGGGACGGAGCGGCAGAGGCAGGCCGACAGAGGCACGCGUUUCCCCGGGCUGGUGUCACCGAACUGCCGCAGCGGACUUCAGGUCGUCAGCAUGACUGAGAAGGUGAGCGCCGAGGAGAUGGAGGAGAUCAGGGAGGGCUUCCAGAAAGUGGAUGUGGACGGCAGCGGUUACAUCUGCGCCUCUGAGCUGGGCGAUCUGUUCCGGGAGGUGGGCUGUCCGCUGCCUGGGUACCAGAUCCGGGAGCUGCUCCAGAAACUGGACCGGGACAAAGACAGCCGCAUCGACCUUGAGGAGUUCACGGCUAUCUUCCGGGAUAUGAAAGACGACCGCAUGGCUCAGGGUUUCAGGAAAGCCCUGAGCAAGAAGGAAGGCGUUGUGUCCAUCAAGGGCACCAGCGAGCUCUCCAGUGAGGGAACCCAGCACUCCAUCUCAGAGCAGGAGCGCUACGCCUUUGCCAACUACAUCAACACCGCUCUGGAGAAGGACCCGGACUGUAAACACUGUCUGCCCAUUGACCCUAACACCGGACAUCUUUUCAAAGCUGUGGCCGAUGGCAUUUUGCUUUGCAAACUCAUCAACCUGUCCGUUCCUGACACCAUCGACGAGAGGACCAUCAACAAAAAGAAACUCACCGCCUUCACCACGCACGAGAACCUGAACCUGGCUCUGAACUCAGCGUCGGCCAUCGGGUGCCAAGUCAUCAACAUCGGCGCUCAGGACCUGAAGGAGGGCAAGCCUCACCUGGUGCUCGGCCUCCUCUGGCAGAUCAUCAAGAUAGGACUGUUUGCAGACAUCCAGCUGAGCCGCAACGAAGCCCUUGCGGCACUGCUGGAGGAGGGGGAGACCCUGGACGUGCUGAUGAAGCUCAGCCCUGAAGAGCUGCUGCUGCGGUGGGUCAAUUUCCAUCUGAAGAGUACUGGCAUGUCCAUAUCCAACUUUUCAGGCGAUAUUAAGGACUCCAAGGCGUAUUUCCACCUGCUGGAGCAGAUCGCUCCAGAUGGCAGCAAAGAGGACGUUCCUCGGAUUGAGAUCGACAUGACCGGCCUCUAUGAGAAAGAGCUCAAGAAGAGAGCCGAAUGUUUGCUGAAACAGGCCGACCGGCUGGGCUGCCGUCAGUUCGUGACCGCCACCGAUAUCGUGACUGGAAACGCCAAACUCAACCUGGCCUUCGUGGCCACGCUCUUCAACAAAUACCCGGCGCUCUCCAAACCCGAAAACCAGGACUGGUAUCUUGAGAGUGAGACGAGAGAGGAGAGGACCUUCAGGAACUGGAUGAACUCGCUGGGAGUCAAUCCACACGUUCACUACAUCUAUGGAGAUCUGCAGGACGCCAUAGUGAUUCUGCAGUUAUAUGAAAAGAUUAAAGUGCCGGUGGACUGGGACCACAGAGUCAACCAUCCUCCCUACAAGGGAGUAGGAGGAGGCCACUUGAAGAAGAUUGAAAACUGCAACUACGCCGUGGAGCUGGGCAAGACCAAAGCCGGGUUCUCCCUGGUGGGAAUCGGAGGCCAGGACCUGAACGAGGGAAACGAGACUCUCACCCUGGCGCUGGUGUGGCAGCUGAUGAGGAGGUACACUUUGAACGUGCUGGAGGACCUCGGAGACGGAGAAGUGGCUGGAGAGGAUUUGAUCAUCUCGUGGGUCAACAAGACUCUGAAGGAAGCCGGCAAGAGUUCCUCCAUCAAAAGCUUCAAGGAUAAGGCCAUCAGCACCAGUGUUCCAGUUCUGGACCUGAUCGAUGCCAUUCAGCCUAAGAGCGUGAACGCCGACCUGGUGAAAAGAGACGACCUGUCAGAUGAAGAUAAACUGGACAAUGCCAAGUACGCCAUCUCCAUGGCUAGAAAGAUUGGCGCUAAAGUCUACGCCCUACCCGAGGACUUGGUGGAAGUCAACCCCAAAAUGGUGAUGACCAUCUUUGCCUGCCUGAUGGGGCGGGGCAUGAAGAAGGCUUAAAGGAGCAGCGAGCGCAGACACACACACACACUUACACGCACGCAUGCACACACACAUAGGGACUGUUUCCGCCUGCUGAGACAUUAAGACAGUGAACGUGGGUGUAUUUUUUUUUUUUUCAGUGUAGACAUUUGUUCUGAUUUCCUGUCUUUAAACUGAAACACGAUGCAAAAGCUGAAAUGUCAAGGGCAAUAAAAAGUCUUCCUGGCUUCACAUUCAGGUUUACCUUUAUCGUUAAUUGCUCGAUGUCACUCGGAGCAGAGCUUAGGUCAAACAUCAGAGGCCACACAUGAGACCACAUGCCGACCCGCUGAGAAAAGAAGAAAGGGUGUCUUUAAUUGAAAAGGUUGGGACACAUGGUUAACAUUUGAGCGAUUGCUUUUCAGCUUACGUUUCUGGGAUGGGAGUUUUCUCCUUUUCUUGUCUUGAUAUUUUUCAGUUUUUCCUGUGAGGCUCCAAAAAUGUCCUGCGCGUCGCUGCUUUGUCACCUCUGCUGUGCGCCAGCCUGUUCGCAGGAUGAGCCUUUAUCAUAAUUAAGCCAUAAUAAUCCUCACAGAAUGUCUUUUGUUGCAGAAUUUGCAGCCUGACAGGAGCCUUUUUAGGGGGUUUAUAAACUGGAAGCCAUAUGCAUACACAUAUAGCCUUUUUCUUGGGGGGGCAGGGGGUUACGGCACUAGUGGCUCAUUUUCUUCAAAGUAUGCUGACAGGAAAGGGGGUUUUGACAGAGGGGGAAGACAUGGAAGCCAUUUACUAGGAUGCCCGAUUACAUUGGGAUAAGAGUAGGAUGGAUCCAUUGUAAAUUAAGACUGAAAAUAUUCAACCACAUAUAUCCAAAAGAUGUGCUUAGAGUUGUAUCUUAGAAAGACACAUGGAUAAAACCCAAGCCUGGGUGUUUUUUCUUAAAGCAAAAGUCUGUUACUCUGUGUUUCCAACUGCUGCGAUUAUCAUAGGAAACUACAAUAAUACAGUAAAUUAGUCCAAGCUGAUGCGAAUGUUGCUUCUACAUCUACCACUUCAUUUAUUACCUCGCCGCCUCACACUCUGUGUAAAGACAAGGUGGAAAAGUGAGAUGAAUUUACAAUCAAAUCAUGAGCAGAUGCUGCAGCCCAGUGUGCAUUGCUGCUUCUCCAUACAUUCCCCUUCCUCUGUAACCUGGCAUAACAUUCGCCACAGUUUGCUGCCUUCCAAUCACUGAAUCGUGAUGCAAACAGCUUUAAACUCCUCUGUACUCCAACUAUAUAUCCAAAGGUGACUGUGUACAAUCAGAUCUCUUGUGUCAAAUAAAUACAUUAUUUUUCAAUUUG